AUGCCCGACGCAAAUCAACCGCUCGAAGACGAAGACAGAGAAGAAAGGAAAAAAGACGAUAGCGAGGACAAUAAACCCGAGCUGACCCUGCCGAUGAUGAUGAACAUUCAGCAACUCCUCUUCAAAAACCUCCAACACUCCGAAUUCCUGAUGCACCAGCAGAAGCUCGCACAGGCCCAGUUCCAGCUCCAAAUUGGUCCUCCGCUAUUCCCGAUGACGCGACCUCACGCUCCCCACCCAUUCUCCAUCGCAAAUCUCACCUCCAACCUGAGACCCGAGGAACCGACAGCGAACGAGCAACCAAAGGAAGAAGCAGCUGAGGUGGUGCCGGUGCCGCUUGGUCUUCACGAGCCACGACCGGGGAUGAGCGAUGCUGUACGCGGGGAUACACUCGACGGCUCGCCGGACGGGAGCGCUAGUCCUGAUGAGAAUGGAAAGCGCAAGCAGAGGAGAUACCGUACCACCUUCAGCGCCUAUCAACUGGACGAGCUGGAAAAAGUCUUUGGACGUACACACUAUCCGGAUGUAUUCACUAGGGAGGAACUUGCUGCACGCGUCAACUUGACUGAAGCCAGAGUGCAGGUGUGGUUCCAAAACCGUCGCGCCAAGUUCCGCAAGCAAGAGCGCACUUCUCACCAUCCGUACGCGCAUCCGGGAGCUGGUGGACCAUUUGGGGCGGCCAACCCAAGCUUUGCUGAGAAUCGAUGCUCCCCCUCCUCCCGGGCGGCUUGGCCCCGGCGGUCAUCAGCCGUAGCCCAUCCUCCCCCCCGCACUGAGGGCCCAUCUCCGACCAGCCCCGCUCCACCUUCACUGCUUCCGAACCUUCCUCUACCAUUGGUGUCUACAACCACUGCCGCGGACAUGAACCCGCUGCGCAACUUGUUGAUGGCCGGUGGGUUGCCGGGGAUGCCCGGACCCGCGGCUAUGAUCUACAUGCAACAGAUGGCGGAAGCGUUGAAGUCGCUUGGAGUCCCAAGCAGCCUUGGCAUGAUGUUCCCCGGAUUGCCACAACCAAGACUCUCCACGGAAUCUCCAGAAUCCCCGAAAUCACCGCCCUCCUUGGUGAUCCCCGACCUGGCGGCCAUCCUCGCCAAAGCCAACGAAGCGGCCAUGUCGGCCCCCGCCGCCCAAACAUCGCCCCGGCCACCACAGUCGCCUGCAGUAAAGGAAGAAUCCGACGAACCUCAGGACAAUUUGCAA